AGUGCGCGCGCACCUUACCAAAUAGCCAAGCUGGAAUACGCGCGAACAGAAAUCGAGGAGGAGGCGCAGCCGGCGGCGCCUCAAUCCGCCUUAGGGUUUUCUACCACCCAUCUCCUUUCACACUGAUACUAGGGCUAGGGCACUCUCAAAGCUCGUUAAUCGGUAUCAAUCGAAGUUUCAUUCUAACGCAUUGACCUCCAUCUUGCAUUAUUCUCCGAGCAAGAACAGAAGAGAAAGCUGUAUAAUCGGGAACAGCUUCGGCAUCCGGGGAAGUUGAGAAGUUGAAAUAUUGGUUUAAUGGCGCUACGUUUUGAGAUUAUGGGAAGAUUUAAUCGUGCUCGUGCUGCACAACUAACUCUCCCCCACUUCAUCUGCCAAACACCUCUGUUUAUGCCCGUGGGAACACAAGGGACAAUUAAAGGGUUGACCACUCAGCAGCUUGAAGAGAUUGGUUGCCAAAUUAUACUUGGAAAUACAUAUCAUUUAGCACUUCGUCCCACUUCCGAGCUUAUUGAUGAACUGGGAGGUCUCCACAAGUUUAUGAACUGGCCCAGAGCAAUGCUUACUGAUUCUGGCGGGUUUCAAAUGGUUUCAUUGUUACAUUUAGCUGACAUCACUGAAAAAGGUGUAACAUUUCAGUCUCCAGUUGAUGGGAAGCCAAUGCUUUUGACUCCUGAGGAAUCAAUUCAAAUUCAAAACAGAAUAGGAGCAGAUAUUAUUAUGGCUCUUGAUGAUGUAGUAAAAACAACCAUUACAGGUCCAAGAAUUGAGGAGGCCAUGUACCGUACUCUUCGUUGGAUAGACAGAUGUAUAGCAGCACACAAGAGACCUCAUGAGCAGAAUUUAUUUGGUAUUGUGCAAGGUGGUUUGGAUCCAGUCCUAAGGAACAUAUGCGUUAGAGGCUUGGUUGACCGAAAUUUACCAGGGUAUGCAAUUGGCGGUCUGGCAGGUGGUGAAGAUAAAGAUUCAUUUUGGCGUGUUGUUGCCCAAUGCACUGCUUCACUGCCUGAGGACAAACCUAGAUAUGUUAUGGGUGUGGGCUAUCCACUGGACAUUGUUGUAUGUAGUGCUUUAGGUGCCGACAUGUAUGACUGUGUUUAUCCAACUCGUACUGCUCGUUUUGGCACAGCGCUCAUACCUGAGGGAGUUUUAAAACUAAAACACCAAGCAAUGGCUGACGAUACCCGUCCCAUUGAUCCUACAUGUGAUUGCAUGGUCUGCAGGAACUAUACUAGGGCCUACAUCCAUUGUCUUGUGACAAAAGAUGCUAUGGGUUCUCAGCUACUCUCAUUUCACAAUUUAUAUUACAUGAUGAAGCUUAGCAGAGAUUUACAUUCUUCGAUUGUUCAGGGGCAAUUCCCAGAGUUCGUUCGCAAGUUCUUGCAGAGAAUGUUCCCUCGUGGCGAUGUGCCGCAAUGGGUCUGCAAUGCUAUGGAGGUUGCCGGUAUCGACAUCUCCUCCUGUUGUGCUCCUUUGUCUUCAUCCGUUGAUUAAAGCCAAAUCAUUUAAUCAGGUAGGCUUUUAUCAGGUCAUCACUAAUAGAAUCAUUAAAAUUUUGCACGAGUUCACCAAAAUGCAGCAUAAAUUUUGUAGGCCAUGUAUGCUGCUUCAUAACUUCAUUAAUUUAUACAGCAUAAAUUCUUCCAUACAGUAGCAAUUAUAAUUUUUAAUUAAACUAA